AACGGGGCCGGUGAAAUUAGUUGACUUUUAGUUGGGCAAGACCUCUUUAUAAGCUCAGUUACACAUCUAGGAACAUCAGAGUGAUUUUGUCGAAGGUCACGAAGCACACGAGUAGGUUCUCCACUGUCAUCGAGUUCUUGAAUUACAGUUUCCUGGAGACGUAUUUCAGCUAGACCCGUCUAUUCAAUUACAGCAUUAAGUUUUCGAACGACAGCACACUGGGAACAGAACCUACGUAGAGCAUAGGAAAGAUAAGGAAGGAGACCACACGACGACAAACGAGGCAGAUGGAGUGAAUGACCACCGCCACCCGAUGUGUCGCUCGAUUCCUGCGCUCGGCAGCCACCUCACUCGUUUUGCUUUGCUCUGCCGCUCUUCGGUUUGGGUUCCCGAUCUGAAACUUGUUCCUCAUGCACGCCCUCUCUUCACCGUCCCCCCACCUACGUGUCCAUCUCCCUCGCUCCCCCUCUCCUCUAUAAAAUCACCGCACCUUCACCUCCAACUUUAACUCUCCAUCUCUCUCAUCUUCCUCUCUCUCUCUCACUUGUGUCAUAGAGCUUUCAUUCGGCCACCGUCCAUGGCGGACCGCGACCGCGAUAGGGACCGCGACCGUCCCCACCAGAUCCAAGUCCAUCCGCAGCACCGCUACAACACUGGCCCCGGUGGCAAGGGCUACAACAUGUCUGAGGGGGGACCGUCUGCGGGCAAGGUCCUCGCGGUCAUGGCGAUGCUCCCCGCGGGGGGCAUCCUCCUCGGCCUCGCCGGGAUCACCUUCGUCGGGACCCUCAUCGGGCUCUGCUUGACCACCCCGCUGUUCAUCAUCUUCAGCCCCGUGCUCGUGCCGGCUGCGCUGGUGGUCGGGCUCGCCGUGACGGGCUUCCUCACGUCGGGGGCAUUCGGGCUGACAGCGCUGUCGUCCCUCUCACGGGUGGCGAACUACAUAAGGCAGGUGACCGGCACGUCGCCGGAGCAGAUGGCAGAGCAUGCAAAGCGGCGGCUUGCGGACACCGCCGGGUACGUGGGCCAGAAGACGAAGGAGGCAGGCCAGCAGGUGCAGAGCAAGGCCCAAGAAGUCGGCGGUGAGCGCGGCGGUGCUGGUGGAGGGAGGACUUGAAGAAAACGAGGGCGCCAUCAAGAGCUCGACGAGGAUGACUAGGGAGUGUGCAUGAUGGGGUCCUUUGAGCGAUCAUUGAGGAAUCGUUCGGGGGAUGCAUGUAAGGGUUCGUAUGAGAUCAUGAAGAAGGGGAAAAUAAGGAAGCUUUUUCUUUUGUAUUUAGUCAUUUUGGGAUUUGCAUGCAGGUUUAUAUUUUGAAGGGGGGUGGUUGGACCUUGUGGCUACCUUUGUCUAUGUUUUUUCA